AUGGGAGGAAACUCGGAGCUUCCCGCAGACAAAUCCACUGAGACUUCUAGCGGAUCCAGCGCAUUUGUCAGCAACACUGCUGGGGACGCGGCGGCCGGUGUUGGCCUCAAGGACUCCGAGGGCCGUGUGCGCGAACCUGCACACACGUGUGUGCAGGCCGCCAGCGGGGAGGCUGUUUCUACGCGGCUGACUAGAGCGCAGAACAGUGCCAUUGCCGAGUUGAUAAAGAUGACGGACUCUAGACCUGGAGCAUUCCUGGUGAACUUUAUUGAGUACGCGCAAGUGUGUCCCGAUGGACUCGCGGCUCUGGAGCACGUCGUCGAGUUUUUAGACCGUAUCGCGGCCGCCAAGCUUGCCACCGGUCCGGCGUCCUCCGACCCGGUCUCCGGAUCUGGCGGCAAGGCUCCCAGCGACAAAGGGUCUGAAGCGGGUUCGGAAGUUGAACCUAAGAAGAAGACAGCCUCCAGCUCCCGAAAGAAGGGGAAGCAACCUACUACCGAACCUCUCGCCACUACCACCGCCGGCACCACCGCCGCUACGAGCACUACCACAAGUCAGGGCGGGUUGGGAGGUGACUGUUGGUUCCCAACGGAGAUGAUUUGGAGUCGUGAGAGCUUGGGCAUAUCGGAGCAGCACUUUUAUUCGCGGACGGACGGCGGCGCAGACAAGGCCAAGAAGCCGAGGCAUCUGGCGCUCAAGGGUUUGUCUCAGUGGUUAUUCUAUGUGGUAUCUCGAGGCUGCCUCUGGGAGCCGACCCGGUUGGAGCCUGCCACGAAAGAGUUUACUCAGGAACUCGGUUCGCACUAUUCGCUCCACGUGUUUCUGGAGGACGGAGCUGGCUCCACUUCGGGGUUAUGGGCGAAUGGAACGCGCGGCUCCGGAGCCUCAAGUACGGCAAGUUCGCUUAAAGCGUUUGGAGGCAAUUUGGCGCGAGACUUGGCUGCUUGGGUGCAGUUGACCAAAGGCGACCCGCGAGUGGCGCUGCUCUCGGUGGCGUAUCGGAGUUACAUCGACUUCCGUGGGGCCUUUGGCGGCACAGGUCAAGGCUUCGGUGGGGCGGGGGCGCAGUGGGAGUUCCUUCUGACGUUAGCUGUGGCUGGCGCGCGUCAGGAGAGCGGCGAUUGCGAGUUGGCUCUGCAAGUCAUUCAGCAGACACCGCUAGCGGUUGCGCGCGCCCCCGGGGACCAA